UCCGUCCCUAGCAACGGGUGGCGGCGCUGUCCCUAGCAACGGCCGCGACUCCAGAGGCCGGCGAUGGCCGGCGAUGGCGAUGAGAGCUCGGUCCAGCCCGAGAAAAUCCGCAGCAAACGCAUCUUCAUCAACUACCUCGACUCGUUCGUGGCGCGCUACGUGGGCAAAUACUUCUCGAACGCUGUGGUUGGAUCGUCCCUGGAGGAUCAGCAUGAGGAUGAAGAACAAAAUGAGGAAGAGGCAACGUCUGCCAAAAGUGUUCCAGUGGUCAAGGGGAAGUAUCAAGUGGUGGGAACUCUGAAAAAUCCUGAAGAGAAGAAGCCUGAUUUUGCUUUUGAAGUCUUCACUUACGAUACAUAUGACCAACUGUUCGAAUACCUUCAGGAGUGUGACAUCAUCAUUUACAACAUCACAGAAGCACCUGAGCAAAUUGAAGAAGCCUCGUGGGCUGUUUCAGCACUUCAUUCAGAUUUAGAAAAUUUUGAGAGUCCAAAGAUAUUUAUUCUGCUAUCAACAAUAAUGACGUGGGCCCAAACUAAACCUGUUGAUCCUGAGGAUUCAGAUGCUGCAUUCACAGAGGAUGAUUAUCGCAAAAGGAAGUCCCAUACAAACUUUAAGGAUCACCUCAGCCUAGAGAAACUAGUUGUGAAAAAUGGAAAAACUAAAAAGAAAAAGUUUACCACCUAUGUUGUUGCUAUUGGAGUCGUGUAUGGAAUGGAUGAAAGUGUGUUUCAUUUCUUCUUCAAGGAGGCCUGGCUUGGGCUGAAUCCAACAAUACCUUGCUUUGGAGAUGGGAAAAAUAUAAUUCCAACCAUUCACGUGAAUGACUUAGCUAGCGUGUUACAAAAUAUAACGGAACAUAAACCGAAAACGUACUACAUUCUUGCAUUGGAUGAUUCAAAGCACACAUUGAAAGAGAUUGUCAAGGCAAUCAGUAAACUUGGACCAGGCAAGAUCCUGCACGUUCCAAAAGAAGAUGGCCUGCUGAAUAACGAGUUAACUCAAUCAGAUUUCGAUCACCUGCUGGUGAAUUUGACAAUGGAGGCUUUCUUCAUCAAGGAGAACUUCAAUAUCCACUGGGUGGCUGAAUCUGGCAUUGUGGAAAACAUCCAGACCCUUUUCAAAGAAUUCAAGCAGUCUCGGGGACUUAUGCCAUUAAAAAUCGCUAUUUUUGGACCACCAGCAGUGGGGAAAACCUCAGUGGCGGAGAAGUUGGCCAAGCAUUACAAGCUGCACCACAUCAAAAUAAAAGACGUCAUCAAUGAGGCCAUAGCAGAUCUGGAAUUACGGACUACACUACCUGAGUCUGAGGAAGUGGAAGAAGCUGAGGAAGAGGAUGAUGAAGGAGAAGUAGACGGUGAUCCCCAGGAACUCCUCGACCAAGUCAGAGAAAAUAUGGCCCAGUCUAAUGGACGCUUGGAUGACAUGUACAUCAUCAAGUUUAUAAAGAAGAAGCUGCUUUCUAUGCCUUGUCAAAACCAAGGUUUUAUUCUUGAUGGAUUUCCCAAGACAUAUUUACAAACCAAGGACCUCUUUGGUGCUGAAGAGGAGGAGGAAGAAGAGGGCGGCAUGAACAAAUUACCACAGUAUGACAAAGCAAUUACUCCUGAACACGUUUUUGCUUUGGACGUUUCUGAUGAAUUCCUGAAGCAACGCAUCUUGCAUCUGCCAGAGAGUGUCGUCGUUGGGACCCAUUACACACAAGAAAGGUUCUUGCGUCAUCUUGUCCAGUACAGGGAACAGAAUACAGAAGAUGAGACCCUCCUGAACUAUUUUGAUGAGAUUGAGAUUCAUCCAACUCAUAUUGAUGUUUCACAUGGCAAUGAUGCUAAAAACAUGCCGGUGGUCCGACAGAUUAUUCAAGUAGUGGGCAAGGCCAAGAACUAUGGACCCACAGCUGAAGAACAGAAAGAGCUGCAGCGCAAGGAAGCAGACGAGCGUCUAGUCAGAGAAACUGCGGAACGCGUUGAGCAGGAGCGCAGAGAGGCAGAAGAGACUGCCGAAAAAUUAGCACGGUGGGAAGAGUGGAACAAGCGCCUGGAAGAGGUAAAGAAACAAGAGCAGGAGUUUCUUGAAGCACAUUCCAUCCCACUGCGAAAUUAUCUGAUGCAACAUGUCAUGCCUACACUGACCCAGGGCCUAAUUGAAUGCUGCAAAGUCAGACCUGAUGAUCCAGUGGACUUUCUGGCUGAGUACCUGUUCAAGAACAAUCCACAAGUUGAAUGAAGAAGAAGGACAAGUCUCUACAUCAAAUUAACAUGAAGAUGAUCUCCAGUGGAAGACAACUGAGUAUAACUGACUUAUUAAUUGUGUAUCAGCAAAAAUAAAUGAAUAAAUAUUGCUUGUAUUAAAUCCUAUUAAUCCAUUAAUGUAAAGAGAACCCAUUUAUCUGCACCUUUACAGUACAAUGUUUGCAUACGAUUUUGUUUAGAAAUAUAUGACUAAAAAGUCCGCCAUUUGUCAUUUAGACUAUGACAUACGAAACUUAUUAGGGCUGAAAAACAGUGACAUUAAUAGGUGUCUUUUUUUUAAUUAAAAAAUAAAUGCAAUUUCUACAAGAAAACCCCAGGUUGGAGUAAAAACACAUUUCAGAACAAAAUGUUCAAAUAACUGUUUAAAAAGUAUGUGAGUGUCAUUGGUUGAGAUCACUUCACCAUCUCUUACGUUGAACUUUAUUUUGCUGUAUGACUGAGAUAUCUGAAGGAUUACUGUGUCAGGACUGAGAAGGCCCACACAAGGAAAUUAGAUGGACGUGCCGCAUCAAACCACGAAGCUAAUGAAUUUAAUUUGAGUAAUAUUAAUUUAAGGAUUCGUUUUUUUUUUAGAGGUGAUUAUUGGGGUUAACCCUGAAACUAUUGUUAAUUCUAGUACAAUCGUUACUAACCUACAUAUGGAAUUAUAUAUAACGGCUAUGUAACAAAUAUGGGCACUUUAAAGGUGAUAAUCUUCCAUUUCUUUUUUCAGUUUGAAAUUAAUAAAUUUGCUUUAUUUAUAUCUUCAUAUCUUGACUUUACUUUUGAAUGCAACAUUUCAUAAGUUCUAAGAGCAGGAUUAGGCCAUUCGGCCCAUCAAGUCUAAAGGGCCUGUUCCACUUGGCCGUCAUUUACGCGACAGGCCUGUAGUGACUGACGCGCGACUGUAGCACGCGUCAUCACGUGUCAUCACGCGUCUUCAUGCGUCUUCAUGCGUCAGCACAGCCGUCUGGAGCGCGUGACGUCAUUUGAAUACCCAGUUUAUGAUAUUUACCCAGUUUAUGAUAUUUAUGGUGAUUUUCUAAAAUGUUCCCGUUUCUUGAGUGGUGCUAGCAAUAGGAAAACUGCAGAUGUAAUGCCCCUAUUCAAAAAAAGAGGUGAAUGAAAAGUAGCAAGCUGCAGACCAAAUUAAUCUGUAGGAAGGAACUGCAGAUGCUGGUUUAGAUUGAAGAUAGACACAAAAUGCAGGAGUAACUCGGCGGGACAGGCAGCAUCUCUGGAAAGAAGGAAUGGAUGAUGUUUCGGGUCGAGAUUCUUCUUCAGUGUGAAGAAGGGUGUUGACCCGAAACGUCACCCAUUACUUCUCUCCAGAGAUGCUGCCGGUCCCGCUGAGUUACUCCAGCAAUUUGUACCACUUAUCUGGUUUGCUCUUCCAUUUCUAUAUUGGUAUGUAUUGGUAUGUAUUGGUAUGUAACCUUUCUGGAAUUUGUGUGCAAGGAUUUCCAGCUCAAUCUGAAUACAAACAUCUGCCAAAUUUCUCAUUCCUCAUGUGAAUUGCCUGUUGCCAAAGAUUGCCAACAUUCCCAUUGUUCUGAAAAUGCUAAAUAAUUAUCCACAAUAUACUCUUAAAUCGCGCGCGCUUAUAUCAAUGACACGUAAAAGGCGAGCCGACUGCGUAUGGGCGCGCGUGGUGGCGCAUGGUUACGCACAGUGACGUAAUCACGUGUCACCACGCACCGCACGUACGAGGUCAGGAUGUCAGCGUGCGACCGCAGUACGUCCGCGUGUGUAAGCGAUACGCCACGCCGAUGGCGCGCGAAGAUUUUGUGCAGCACGAAAUCCUGGAGCACCGUGCGAUACCGUGCACAACUCCAUGCCUCUCCAUGUGCCCGUCCCGCGCUACCCACACGCUACCCGUGCGUUACAACGCGACGACCACAUUUUUGGAGGUCGUGUAAAUGGCGUGCAAAUGACAGCCAAGUGGGACAGGCCCUUAAGCCACCAUUCAAUCAUAGCUGAUCUAUUUUGUGCUCUUAACCCCAUUCUCCUGCCUUCUCCCUGACACAGUUUCUUCAGUUUCUUGUCAUUCCCCCUGAUGGCCUUCUGUAGAUAUGACCUGGUACCGAGCUCUUGUCUUAUAGUCACUGGGCAACUUACGAUGGUAGCUUGAGCAAUUCUUCCUCCCUUUACAUCUCUGCUUCCACACAGGGAAGUGCCUGCGUUUUCAUGGCACUUUUCCCUGAUGAGAAUGCUUAAAUUAAUAAGUACAAGAGCGUGUCUCAUUAUUAGUUCAUAAUGUGACAUGAUUUUCUUUUCCAAUUAUCACAUGUGUAAAAAAAAAAUAAUUAAAGCACAAUGUGAACUUGCGGAACAGCACAUGGUUUUCUCACUUGGCAUGUUACAGCUCUUGUGUCUCACAAAAUUAAAAAUGUCAGAUAACCAGCCUUUUCUGAAUGUGAAUUAACUGGACCUUUCUAAUGUAAGGUGAUCAAUUUGCCAUGAUGAUUCCGUUUUAUUCUCUCCACUUAUUUCGACAUGACAAUUAUCAUAAAUGUCCAGACUGCUGCUCUAUGUAUCCAUAGUUCCAGCAUGGUUCCUGUAUUACACCUUUUUGUGUCCAUAAGAUCACAGGACCAUAAGAACUACAAGCAGUAGAACAUUCAACACUUGAGGCUGUUCUGCCAUUCAACAGGAUCAGGCAGCAUCUCAGGAGAUCACGGAUAGACACCAUAUACUAAUGAGACUCUGCCUGACCCGCUGAACUACUCCAGCACUGUGUCUUCUUCAGCAAAAGUGUGAUUUGAGGAGGCAAUACGUAAAUGGAGAGAACACAACUUGUCUGGUGUGUGAGCUCUCCGUGUUGUAUCUCUAAACUAAACUAAACACAUUGUACAUGUGUUGAUAACACUUUAUUCA